AGCUGAGCCCUAGCACACACCAUUAUCAGUUCUACUGCCGCUGCAGAGAUGAAAAACAGCAUAUUUCACAGAUGGAAAACUCCUAAAAAGAAGCAGUAGCAACACGCGUGAAAACAAGGAACCUUUAAAUAACUUUGAGAUCUAGACUUGAGGGGGACAUGGCCGACCUUGUGCCAGGACUACUCAUUUGUUUGAUGGCAGUACAGACCAGUCAGCAUGAAGGAAAUCGAACCAAGAACAAAACCGAUAUUCAACCUGGCGCAAUACCAAAAACCUUCAAGGGGUUAAUGCCCAAACCCAAUCACACAAACCAGCUGCCAGCCUUGCUCCAUCCCAGCACAGACCCUCAUCUGGAUGUGAACCCAGAGGACCCAGUCACAGCCUAUACCACAGGGCUCCUCAGCACCUGGGUCAUACCUUCAUCAUACAUUAUAGCCAUGCUAGUGGGUAUCCCCUCCAAUGCCUACAUCCUGACCUUCCUCAGACUCAGACUCAGGGCAAAGUCCUUGCCCACAAUAGUCCUAUACCUGAACCUGGCCUUGUCUGACCUGCUGCUCCUGCUUUCUCUUGCACUGCGAGUUCACUACCACUUCAACGGAAACAACUGGAUAUUUGGGGAAAUCUCCUGUCGGCUUAUCACAGCUUUGUUUUACGGUAAUGUUUACUGUUCAGCCCAGACUAUAGCAUGCAUCAGUCUGAAGCGUUACCUGGCUGUGGCAAAACCAUUUUUGUACAGACGGCUGGCUAAAACUACGCUGGCAGUGUGGACAUGCUUGGUUGUAUGGUUCCUGUUUGGAGCUGCUAUCGUACCUGAGCUUCUUGUGAGGCAGAGCUACCAGAUUACCCAGCUAGGAAUCACCACUUGUCAUGAUGUACUUCCCCUAGAGGAAAAAUCCCAUUUCCCACUGGUGCCAUACAGGCUAAUGCUGGUUGGUCUGGGCUUCAUAAUGCCCUUCCUGAUUUGUAUCUAUGCUCAUAUGGCAGUGGCUUACCACCUCGGACAAAGUGCUUGUGACUGGAGACCAUUUAUCAAGGUCAGCACUCUGGUUUUUAUCAUCUUUGUGGUGUGUUUCUUGCCCAGCGGCAUCCUGCAUAUCACCCACUACAUCCGUCUGUUAUCCAGUGGGGACGAUAGACUCUAUGGAUAUUACCGAGUAGCAGUGUGCCUCUGCUGUUUCCACAGUUGUCUGGAUCCCUUCCUGUGUAUGCUCAUUUCGAAAACAGCAACCUCAGACCUACAAUUCAUUUCCCUCCGUGGGAUGCCUCAGAGACCAGCAGUUAUGACGUGACACUGGAUGUGUGACCACAAGAAAAGCCUCUCCUUGCUAGACCAUUGUUGUGACACAGCAGGGAGGCACAAAAAAUAAAGAUGUGAAACUUGAGACUGGACACUGUGAAAUACACAGAGUAAUACAGCAAUCUGUGAAGUCCAAAACAAUCUCUUUGACACAAAUGAGUGAUUAUGUACAGUAUCAGAAAAGGAAUAUGCAAAUUGUGCACUCUAUACAAGCCACCUAUGUACAUCCAGCAAAUUCACAGAUUAAAAAAACUGUUAUCCAGCUGAUACAGAGUCACAGUACAUUAACAAAUUCUAUUGUAAAUUUGUCAGAGUGUUAUAUCCAAAAACAAACAAUAUUUUUGCAAAUAUGUACUCUUGUUGUUAAGGUUUUCAGAUAUUUACAAAAAUGUUUAAAGCCAAGAAGCUAUUAAAAUUAAGCUAUUCAGAUUGAUGUAUAUUAAGUGACAAAAAAAUCAUGACAAGGGAAAAAGGCUGCUGUACAACACCAAUAAAACUAAUGACAGUGAGAUAACUUAUAAAAUGUGAUUAAACAAUGGUUCAGUCAGCCAAUUUUUGCAUAUUUUGCACACGCAUAUUUUUCCACACAUAUCCUAAAUAAACACUGAUUGUCACAUUA